AUGAUAUCGGGCUCCAGAAGCCUUUCACUGCGAACUACGGAUGACGGAGACCAUUUACAAAAAGGACACUCAUUGGAUGUUUGUUCAUCGGAAUAUGACUUCAUGUCAAGGUCCCCUCUACUCGAACAUGACCACGGUCCCGGGCCCUCAGGUCUACCACGUAUCCGACAGCAACCACUAUCCAGGGUUCAUACUCUACGAAACACGUCGGCGCCCUCGAUCAUCUCCCCCACCGCCCCUCACAGCGUGUCCUCCUCCCGCUCCCCGUCCAUGCAUUCCCCACUUGACCAAACCACUUCCAGCCUGGAAGACCUUCAUAGAUUUCCGUCUGAAUCCCUUCACUCAUUCUCAUUUGCCCAGCAAUCUGAAGAAUUCUUUCACAAUCGGCAAAAUAUACUAAAACGGUCACUUGAUUUCAUGAAAGGUCGUUUUGGGUUUGCCGCAAGCAAUGUUCACCUCGCCAAUGCUCAGGCCCGACUCAGUGGUGAUACGGAUAUACAGCGUAUGAUGGAACUGGUUGCUAAGGCGAAUCUCCUGGAACGUAAUGAAAAUCAAGACGAGCAUACAGGUUUAGCAGGAGGACCUCUCACAGGUCCGCCCGAUGUGGAAGGGGAUAAUAUAUUUGAGAAGGCUUUCUCAAAUACCAACUCUUUAUCUGAGACCACUGGCGAACCUUCUGCGGAAAAUGGGACUGCAUCUCAACAAAUAAGUGGUGGGAAAUUUUUAAGUCCUGUUGCUGUGGAUUACCCAAUAUCUCAAAAAGGGGGCAUGAGGUCUGUACCUUUAUCGAGGCGCGUUAGUUUAAAGAGAACCUACACGGACCUGGGGUUAGUUUCACUCCAAAACAAACUCACGGAUGCCCUAGAUAAGCCUUACACUACUGGAGACAUGAUAUCCCCAACUGGUACAUCGUUCUAUGGUCUAGGAGGUGGUGUUUCAAGUGUUCACACCCAUAGCAGUAAAUGGUCUCCUGUUUCACAGGAUGUUUUUACAACAGAAUCCAAAGCGCCCUGGACCAUUCUUGCUGCCAAUGAUCUUGCAUGUCUCGGCUUUGGCGUGACUCAAGGCGAGCUGAAAAAGCUGAGUAUUCUUACCUUGGUCCAGAAGGAAAGAAGGCAAUGGCUGGAAUCUAAGUUACGAAAAAUUCCUCCUGAUCCUGACUCUUCGGGGAAAACCGAUCCGCCGGUGAAAUCGACGGUUAACACAGUCAAUACACACACUCUGGGUAUGGGGAACGGGGUAACGGCGCAAUUGCUCAGUAAGCCACCUUCUCACGCAAAGAAUUCUCCAAGAGCGACACCAGAGAAUGGCAGUGGUUCUAGUUUCAGCUCUAGACUUGCCAAAAAUCCGAAUCAUUUCCCCAACAAGUCUCGCGGGGUUCUGUUGUGUGGCGAUGUCGUACCAAUCCAGAAAAGGAACGGGGUAACGGGUUCAGCUAGUGUCUGGGUUAUGGAAAAACGACAAGGCUUAAUAUGGGUUCUAGAAGAGAUUGUGGAAAAUACUCUUGAUUUAGUCUUUGGUGAUGACGAGCGACUGGUAGAAAUUCGUGGUGAUAUUGAGCCCAUUUGGGGUAAAAAGGUGCUCAAACGUGGAAUACCCAUUACUGAUAUAAUCCCGAAUAUCCCGCAACGACAGCAUGAAAAUUCCAGAGAUCACAUUUUCGCCAAGAUUGUUGAGUUGAGGUAUUUUACCACUCUGACUCAAAACAAAGCGUCUAUACCCAUUACCAUUACCGAGUUGUCCAGUCUAUAUCAUCUACGCAUCUCCCAUUUCCCUCACGUUGCCGGAAUCAUGGUUGUGUCUCCAGAAACCUUGUGUGUUAUCAACGCCAAUUCGGUGUUUUCUGCUGCACUUUUUGGCCAGGAACACACCAAGGGGUUUGCGAUUACGGAUUUGAUCCCACAUUUUGAUGAAUACCUCAGCAUCUUGACGGACGAAGACGACGUUUCAUUGGUUGAUGGGAUGGUAAUACCUGAGCAUAGCUUCCGAAGGGCGAGGGCUAUGUCCGUCCUUCGGGAUGGCAAAGUGAAUGCGGCAUCCCUGUUUUUGAGACCCUCUGGCCUUCCGGCUCGUCACCGUGACGGAGCAGAGAUUAUGGUUGACGUGCAAAUGCGUGUCGUAAAAAGCGAAACCAUAUUCCCUGGAAACUCAACAAGCGAUAUCGACGAGCAGCCGCCACUGGACAAUGGGGCGCCGGUUGCCGUAACUGAAGUUGUAUAUGCGCUGUGGAUAACCUAUUCACGGCGACUUCACUCCAUACUGCAAGAAAAAGACCGGCAUCCUGAACCAUUCUCUGCAAAUAUUGCUUCUGCCCCUCCGCAGCCUUCGCCAGGACAGCGGUCACCGAUAUUACCGCCAAAUGAAAUCCCAAGCAGUGAUACUCCUACGAUCGAGAACCAAAAUCCGUUUCUAUUGUCUCAGCGACUCAGCGAAGCUGCGUCAGAACCUCUGACAGAUAAGCCCGUACAGCUAAUACCCGAAGUGAGACCCGCUACUUCAGAGAAGGGAAUAACAAGAAAGAAAUCGAUAUCAGAAUAUGUUAUCCUGGAGGACAUGGGCCAAGGCGCCUACGGUCAAGUGAAACUGGCCCGCUGCAAGAGAAACCCCGAAAAGAAAGUGGUUCUUAAAUACGUAACCAAGAAGCGAAUCUUGGUCGAUACUUGGACGCGGGACCGGCGUCUAGGAACUGUCCCGUUAGAAAUCCAUGUGCUGGAUUUCCUGCGCCGCGACGGCCUCAAACAUCCCAAUAUCGUCGAGAUGGAAGAUUUCUUCGAAGAUGACCUUAACUACUACAUAGAAAUGGUUCCGCAUGGACUCCCAGGUAUGGAUCUAUUUGACUACAUUGAGCUGCGGUCAAGUAUGGAUGAGAACGAGUGCCGGAAUAUCUUCUAUCAGGUCGUCGAUGCGAUUCACCACCUACACACAAAAGCGCGGGUUGUGCAUCGUGAUAUCAAGGAUGAAAAUGUUAUUCUUGACGGGAAAGGGCGGAUCAAGCUGAUCGACUUUGGGAGCGCUGCUUAUCUCAACAAAGGACCAUUUGACGUCUUUGUUGGCACAAUAGACUACGCCGCCCCCGAAGUCCUCCAAGGCAAGUCAUACUGUGGCAAGGAGCAAGACGUCUGGGCCCUCGGAAUCCUCCUUUACACCAUCGUAUACAAAGAGAAUCCAUUUUACAAUGUCGACGAGAUCCUUGACCACCCGUUGCGCGUGCCUUAUCUUCCCUUCUCGGAAGAUUGCAUCGAUUUGGUUCGCAAAAUGCUCGAUCGUGAUGUAGAACGCCGACUUACCAUUGAGGAAGUCAUACAGCAUCCAUGGAUGCGGCCAGCAGCUGUUACAGCUUCAAUUGCGGCUGCGUCUGUAUAG